AUGACACGCACAUUGAUCCAUCCCUGGCAAAAGAAAGUCCAAGACUCUGCGACGGAGCAGCUGGGUCCGCUUGCAAACUCACCUACACGAUCGACAGCUACAAUGGCAAGUUUCGCCCAUGGCAACGCGAUCUCCGUCGUCAAAGGAUUACCGCGAAAACGGAAGCUGCAUCAGCGGAAAUCAUUACCGGAUUCAACGUUAUUUACCGCACCACGACGAGCUCGACGAAAUGACCUCGUACCGGUAGUGCAGACGGAAAAAGUAAAGUACAGUCGGUGGUUUAUCCAGCCUCGCGCCACGUGGAAAGUAAGAUGGGAUCUCUGGAUUGGGUUCAUUAUUGCUUAUAGCGUCGUCCUUAUACCCUAUCGAAUUGGCUUCGGUAUCGAGCUUGCGGGGUGGGAACAAGUUCUGAACUAUUGCUUCGAUAGCAGCUUCGCCGUGGAUGUAAUAUUCAAUUUCUUUACCGGCUAUUACGACGAAGACAUCUUGGUUUAUGAACUACGCAGAAUUCGGGCACGCUAUCUUCGCAGUUGGUUCCUUUUCGAUGUGGCAUCGACAGUUCCUCUAGAUCAAUUUUUGCAGGUGGUAACCACCGCGUCAUCUUCACUGCUCACACUAAAGCUCAUCCGCGUGUUUCGAUUGUUUCGACUGCUAAAACUCAUGCGAUUAUUACGAUUAAAACGGACCAUGGAAGCAGUUCAGGUGGAUGCGCUCAACGCGCACGUGCUGCAAACAAUCAAAAGUUUACUCACGAUCAUCUUCAUCAUCCAUCUAGUGGCUUGUGGGUGGUAUAUGUUCUACACUUGGGAUCCUUCAGGAAAGAAUUGGGUCACGAAUAUCGAGCCAGAAGGCUUCAAAAACCCAUAUCUCGUUAGCUUCUAUUGGGUGUCAAACACAAUGAUGUCCGUGGGUUAUGGAGAUAUCUAUGGGGUCACCGAUGGAGAGCGGCUGUACUCGAUUUUCGUGGCUUGUCUCGGCUCGAUUUGCGUUGGUAUGAUCAUCGCAAACAUUCAAAUGCUCACCGAAAACUACAAUCCUCGUGGCAUCAUGUUGAAGCAAAAACUCCAAGACACCAAAGAGUUUCUGAUCAAACGCAGUAUCCCACGUCGUCUUCGGCAACGCGUUAUCUCGCAAUUCGAAUUUCACUGGAGUCAUCGCACCGUGUUUGAUGAAAAUUACCUGCUGAACCAAUUUCCUAGAAGUCUACAGUACGAAAUUCUAGCUGCCUCGAUGGAGACGUUUGUGAAAAAGUUUCCGUUUUUCGGUAUGACUUCGGUGGAGUUUUUCGUAUUCGCAAUACCUCGACUUCGACCCAUCGUUUUGGGGCCAGGUCAAGUGCUUGUCGACGCGGAAAGCGUGUGGGAAGAACUGUACUUCCUGACUGCCGGCACAGUGGAAACAGUGCAAUCUAAUCUGGUUGUAGGGUCUCUCUCACCCGGCGAGAUUUGUGGCAUUGAGUAUCUUGUAAACGCUCGGAGACGAUAUACCCACACGUACCGCUCUGUCUCGAAGACAGAGUUGUAUUCAAUGUACAGCACUGAUUUACUCGAAGCGAUUAACAAAUGUCCCGUAGCGCACAAGUAUCUCGAAGAUCUGGCUGUAAUUUUAGGAGAGCGAUACGAAGAGUCCGCAAGACGAGGAAAGCGUGCUCUUCUACGACAACGUUCCAUACGUGCGGUCCGACGAGAGUCUUUAUCAAGAGGAGGAGAGCCAUAUUUACAUAAACGACAUCGCAAAUCCAUUUCAGCGGCAAAUACCCACACAAUGCCAGCGGACGUUGUUACUCGAAUGGACAUGAGCGUUGUUGGUGAUGAAGUUGUGACACACUGGUCGGUAAUUCGGCACUACUCCAAGUUGAGAAUUACUUGGGAUAUUGUAAUGGGUAUCAUGGUUUCUAUUACGGCAAUCACGGUGCCGUUUCGAAUCGCUUUCGACGUGCAGGACGUACUCGUCUUUUACGCUACUGAUCGAAUGUCGGACGUUUUGUUCGUGAUAGACGUCAUUCUCAGCUUUUGCACCACAUACGUCGACGACACGGGAGUUGAAAUAGUCGAUCGCUACGAAAUUCGUCGGCAUUAUCUGAAAACCACGUUUUUCGUCGAUAUCGCGUCUACAAUCCCUUUCGACUUCCUCGUGGAGGCGGCGGCGACAGGCAACAUCUUUCGGUCCUUGCGUCUCAUUCGUACUCUUAAACUUAUCAAACUGCUUCGACUUAUGCGACUAUCAAAGCUACUCAAAAUGAACUCGCAAUGGAUGGCCGAGUUUGAUAUUAACGUUGAUACCGUUCGACUCUUGAAAUUACUCGCCCCAGUGAUGAUCAUUGCCCAUUACGUAGGCUGCUUCUGGUACUACAUUUCAGCCGAUCGUGCUGUAGACGAUGCGUGGUGGGGGAAUCGAAAUCUCAAUUUUGAAGACCCAGAGUCCAUUCUCUCCAAGUAUAUUGCCAGUAUUUACUGGGCAAUUACGACAAUGACCACUGUCGGAUUUGGCGAUAUCUACCCUGUGAAUGACUUUGAGAAGGGCUUCUGCAUUCUUGUUCUUAUCGGAGGCACUACGUUGUUUGCCUAUGUGGUGGGUACGGUCAUUGAAGUGGCAAGUAACUCGAAAAGCUUAAUGAAUCGAGAGCACGAGAUGGUCCAACGAGUGAAUGCGUAUAUCAAAGAACGCGGAGUGUCGUCCGAAUUUAUCGUGGCUUGUCAGGAACACUUGAGAUUUGUGGAUGCUGAGAAAACGUUUUUUGUCGAAAACUCACUAUUUGAUGCCCUCAGUUAUUCCUUACGCAGCGAACUCAUUUUGCUACUUAACGGAGGCGUCGUGUCGAAAAUUCGGUUUUUCGACAAGAAGCCAAAAUGGUUUUUGACAUUAAUUUUGCCACGAUUGGUACCGCAAUUUUUUCUUGAGGGGGACAUUUUGAUCUACCAGGAUAACCCCGUAAGUGGAAUCUACUUCAUCAUGACGGGCGCUGUUAUAGCGAAAACGCGGCAUUUCGCGCCAAUACCAAACACACAUGCCACUAUGACAAGCGGUAGAAGUAAUUCAUCGGCGGACCCUAUUUUUGCGGAUCAUCAGGGCACAAUUGCGAAGAUAUUUGAAGGCGAAUUUUUCGGGUAUAAGGAAACUUUGACGGAAACCGUAGCACGAUACAAUUUAUUUGCGAUGCGCGCUACAGGGACGUAUUUACUGCCACGCGAGUGUCUGGACGAGUUCGAGACCCAAUAUCCGCGAGUUAUGGACGAAAUUCGAUCGCUGAUCAUUCAGUCGAUCACACGACAGCAGAAAAUAGUCCCUGGAUGGCAAAACAACGAUCCUAUCUGCCUCACAGCCUUAGACAGAGACCGGGUGGCAGAGAUCAAUAUUGCACGCCGUAGUUGUGAUCACGACACCAUCCGAGCAAGUGUAAGUGGAGCAUCCAUGCCUAAAAGGAAACACUCAUCGUUUGCGGCGCCAACGGGAUACUCCUUGGGAAAUAUAGGGGCUGCUAAGAUGGACGCUUUCCACAAUAGUCACAGGUCCAGUGUCUCCAUGCGAGAUAUUGGCGGCUACCAGCGACGACCGUCGGAACGAUAUUUAUCUAUGCGCAAAAGUGACGUGACGGCGCUUGUUGACGAGCUACUAAGCGGGGAAGGAUUCGACAUCCAACGUACUGCAUCACGUCGAACACAGAAGCCGAGAGUGACAAACUGA